GCUCGCUCGGCGCUGGCAAUGGACAGAUGGACCUGCCUUUGCUUCGAUAGAAGACUUGUCUUCAAGUAGAGUGCUGGAACCCGAAAAUUACUGCGAGCCCUGGCCCGCAACAAUCUGCAGUAGUCUGGAAGGAAAAGGGGUGAGGAGCACAGCGAUACGGAUCCCAAUUCCCCACAGACGACAAGACUGCGCGAGGUACGGCUACAGACUCCUAUGAUUGGCUAUCUCUCGCUUGAUCGAUAUCAAGGCGGAGUUUAGUCACAUCUGCUUGAUCUGGCAGCAGCGGAAGAGAACAGAUGGGUCUCUUGCGACACGGAUGAGCAGUAAUCAACUGUAGCAAGCAGAACUCACAUUGCAGGCUCGGACAGCGGGCAGGCAUCUGCCAUUUCGCCAAAGAUGGCGACUGGAGUCACUGGCGUACUCGCACCCUCGAACAUCUCGACGUUCAACCCAUUGAACUUCUCCAGAAAUGUCACGCCAAGGACCACAGCAGGUCUCCUUACCACAGCCCUCACUCAGAUGAUCAACGCUACGUACAUGGACCCUCCACCCUCGACAGUACCAGACCCGCCGGUACCGCCAGCGGCGGAGCAAAACGAGCGGUUCUCCUCAUUGGCGCUAUUUCUCGUGUUGAUGCUCCUCAUUGGCUCCUUCUGGACCUCGUACUACCUCAAAGUCAAGAAGAUCACCGCUGUGCACGAAACCAUUGUCGGGCUCUUCGCUGGCAUGUUUGUCGGCCUCAUCUUGAGGAUCGGGCCCGGCGAGCAAGUGCAGAAGAUGCUACGCUUCAGCAAUACUAUAAUGCUCAAUGUAUUGCUGCCACCCAUCAUCCUUGCGAGCGGUUAUGACCUGAGGCAGGAAAACUUCUUCCGCAAUUUUUGGGUUAUCCUCUGCUUUGCGUUCGCAGGCACUUUCAUCAGCGCGAUUGUCAUCGGCGCGAUCGUCUACAUCUGGUCGCUUCUGCAACUUGAGUCACUCUCCCUCUCCUUCCUCGAGUGCCUCAUUUUUGGCUCGACGCUUAGCGCCACCGAUCCUGUCACAAUUCUCGCGAUCUUCAACACAUACAAGGUCGACCCGCAGCUCUACAGCGUCAUUUUCGGGGAAAGCAUUCUGAAUGACGCGGUGUCCAUCGUCAUGUUCGACACGCUGAGCACCUUCCGAGGCAAGACCAUCUCGGCACUCUCCAUCUUCCAUGGGUUCGGGCUCUUCAUCGUCAUUUUUACGCUCAGCAUGGCCCUCGGCAUCUGCUUCGGACUAGGGUGCUCGCUGAUGCUCAAACACUCUAGAUUGAGUUACUACCCAGCUUUGGAGAGUUGUCUUGUUUUCUUGAUAGCGUACACGAGCUACUUUUUCAGCAACAGUGUUACCAUGAGUGGAAUUGUAUCAUUGCUCUUCUGCGGUAUCACACUCAAACACUACGCAUACCACAACAUGUCGACCCGAACGCAAAAGACAACAAAAUACAUUUUCCAGACGCUAGCUAACCUGUCAGAGAACUUUAUCUUUAUCUACCUUGGCCUCAGUCUCUUUACGCAAGACGAGUUAGUGUACAAGCCGCUGUUCAUCAUCAUCACCGUAGUGGCCGUCGUCGUUUCGCGCUACUGCGCCGUCUUUCCGAUUGCAGGCAUCGUGAAUGCCAUCCGACGCGCUCGUAACAGACGGCGGACCGGCGCCGCAGCCCGCACACCAGGGAAGGAAGAGCUUCCGCGCGAGUACCAGAUCAUGCUCUUCUGGGCUGGUCUGCGCGGCGCGGUUGGCUUUGCGCUGAGCGCAGGCAUCGAAGGCACGAAUGCUAUCCCGCUCCAGACCACCGUCCUCGUCGCCGUCGUGCUUACCGUCAUCAUGUUUGGUGGCACGACAGCGCAGAUGCUCGAAAUUCUCGGCAUCCGCACCGGCGUGCAGGACGAUGGGGAUUCUUCGGACGAAGAUGAAUAUGGGGGCAGUGAUACGCACAGCAUGCGCUCCGUUGUGGGCUCGGCUGGCACCCAGCGGCGCCGCGCACCGUAUCGCCGCGCCCAAAUGAGCAGGACCACCAGCGGCGUCAGGCGCAGCCAAUGGGAAGAUCGAGAAAGCGCAAGACCAUUGCGGGCAAGCUUCAAGGACAAUGUCAGCACGGACGACAUCCACACCGGUCACGGCGGAAGCCAAAUUGCAUCACCGCUCUCAUAUGGGUGGCAGGCUAGUGGCCGCGUGCUCGCCACUGCGCCGGCUGACAUGACCGACUUUUCACAUUACGAGCUUGAUGACGACGAGGACAUGUCUUCAUCUCAUUCUGGUGAAGUGCUCCCGGCGCACUUCGGUGCUUCGCCAACAGCGGAAGGAACAGCUGCAGCAGCACCCACCGUGGCGUCACGAGCGUCGAGUAGUGCAAUCGGCCCGCUAGAUCUUGAAGAGGCCCGCAGCGGCAUAGGCUCUGCAUCCGCGCGACAGCUGCUGGGCCGGGCAGGCCUCAUCAUGCGCGAUGGUCAAUGGUUCCAGCGCAUCGAUGAGCGCUAUUUGCUGCCCAUGUUCAGCAACAGCGUCGCAAAUCGAAAAGCUGAGGAGCGAAAGAAGGACCGGCUAGAGGCCCAGGCUGCGGCUGUGGCCUUGUCGAAAAGCGCGGCACGGAGCACUAGCGCUGCCCGGAACGAGCUGGUCUUCGGCGAGCGAGACGCAGACGUGGUCGAGGAUGACGAAGACGACGAGGCAGAGCCAACGCGUCCGCUUGUGGGAACAGCAUCAGGGCCGUCCACAUUGAAAGGGGCAUUUGGGCCAUAGACUCAGGGUUCGUCAGUAAAGUGUAAUAGGUGCAUUAACUCUAGACAUGUAGGAUAGCGAAGACUUGCAGCAACCAGCAGAAUACAUU